AUGACAAGCAGGCCAUUGGAACCGCUGCAAGAUGAUGAACGACUCAUGUCGAUUUCCCCUUUGAGUGAUGUGAGCCGUUAUGGGCAUCGGCCACCGCGCAGCACCUCUCCGGUAAGAACGGCGGCGGAGGUGCCACCACCCCGCUAUUGCUUAGAGAAGGCCACAGCCGGAAUCCGGGUGCUGGGGCUUUUAUCAACGGCCACGAGGUGGUCGUUUGGCAUGAUCUUGGGCACAGACGGCGCGGAGACGACCAAAAGUGAGAAGGAGCAGGAGAUAAAUUCUAGACACCCAGACGCACCCUCUUCUUCCUGCUCCUCCUUGCACGCUACCACCCUUUCGUGGAACACAGUGGCGUUGCUCGCAAAGCACGUUUAUCUUAUUGACGUUGUCUGGAGUCCGGCGAGUUAUGCGAGUUUCUAUCACUCACUUGCACCGCCGUCUGCCCUCUCUUUAGAGACAUUUUUGCCCACACCGCCCUCGUCAGCGUCUUUGUCGGCUAUUACUGCAUGGGAACGCCUGUUGUGUGCUGUGUUCUUCUCCACUUCUGUGGAACAGAUGGUUCUUUUGCGGCAUGCCCUCUCCUGGGAAGAGAAGUGUCGCUUUGAGGAUGUGCUCGCUGUGGUGCGGCACUGUACGCGCGUCCUGGUGGAUGGUUUUUUUCGAUGGGUUCCCCCACCCACCGGGGUGCGUCUCUUGCUGAGCUACCAUGGCAACAGCAGUAGUGAUAUUCAUUGCGGUGGUAGUGUUGGGGAAAUUAAAGUGGGACUGUUGGAAGUGGAGAGUGUGGUGCUUGUGCAGCGUCACCUUGCCUCCUUGCGGCGGUGUUGGCUGUCGACAGACAGCGAGGAGGAAAUGGGGGCGGGAGUUGCGGUCGGAGCGCACGUGAACAAUCCCCGUGAGGAUCUGCAUCGUACGGUUAGGGCGUUUCAGCGAAAAGGCUCCCAUCUGAGGCGAUGGGCCAAAGAUAACCCUGGCGGUGCGUAUGACGAUAGCAACAACAACAGUAACGGCAGUCCAUGGAACCUCAGCAAUACUCAGCGGCUCUUAAAUGCGAUGGCGGUUGUAGCGCAUAUUGAGUCGUACCUAGAGUCUGCAAUGCCAUCCUGUGACAGAAGCACUUUGUGCCACCACGACGAUUAUGUUAAUGGCGGUGGGUGUGGUAUUGGUGGCGCCUCCAGACUGCCAUUCACGCCAGCGCAGCGAGAUCACUUGAUUGAGAUGCUCGCCCUUCUUAUGUAUCCCUGCAAGGAAAACUUUUCUAGUGAGGGAAGGCGCAUCGCUACUCACUGGUUGUGGGUAAAUUUGGCGGCGGAAACAAACACCGCAUUGUUCAAUGGGCCAUCGGGGUUGUUGUUCCAUGACUUUCUUGCCUCCCUUGCACACUGGCUGGUUCUGCAGGUCGUACCGGCCCUGAUGACGCUUGUGAGUGCAGCCUCCUGCAGUGGUUAUGUGGAUACCUCAUCGCCACCGGAUCGCGCACUUCGAUUAGGGUUUCAUCGCGCUGAGGAGUCCGUUGCAGACGUGGCUGAUGUGUUACGUGCACCAACCGUUAAAUCAACAUCAUCAUCAUCAUCAUCAUCAGCAGCAGCAGCAGCAGCGGAUCUUGCGGCCCGACGCAACGUUUUGUUGGGGAUCACAGUGUCGGAUUGGUUGCGGUGGUUACGGCAGUAUCACGCAAGGAAUGGUAACGGGAAUAUAGAUGGUGGUCGUGAAACUACGUGUCGUUUGCAGUUCUUCUCAUCACUCUCUUCAACAGGUGCGAGGCUGCUGGAUGUUUUUGAUUCUCUCGAGUUGUUUAGUCCCAAUUCGACAAGAAGUCCAACAGGAAGUGGAAUCUGGCCGGUGUUGUCUAAUGGAGUAUUCGAGCGACAUGGUGCGUGGGUGGUGGCUCACUGGGCUGUGGGCAGCAGCUACGCGGAGGUAUCGUCGAUAAAUAGUGAAUGCAACAGCAGAACAUCACAAACCGCAGUAGCAGCACGGGAGCCGCUGGAGAUUUUUACGCUGGGAGAGUUUAUUGCCCGCUACCGUUUUUCUGUGGACGCCACACGUGUGGCGACGCGUCUCACAUACCAUUUAAAUCGGCGUCAAACUGUUUCAGAAGGGGACAUGUGGCGUCCACUCCCGCCGCUGUUCCAUAUUUCCGUUGAAAAUUUUAACACAUUCAUGCCGAUAAUUCAGGCGAAACUUAUUUGUUCCGCUGCUAUCGUGGACUACACAUCGUAUGUCUCUGCUAAAGAAGAAAAGGAAGAAGCAGCAGGGGUGUGGCAGAAGAAUACAAUCCGUCGUGUGGGUGUCGAUUUGGUUAGAGACAAUCCGGUAUCGGCAAGAGAGGCACCGUCCGUCAUCAUCAGGGAAGACUCCGGUCUCGUUAAGUUGUAUGACUCGGGGGUAUUGGAGCAACUUGAAGAGGCCCGUUUACGCGGUUGGGCACAGCUGCAUGAAUGCGGUACACUCAUUCUUCAGGCCUUUCUGCGUGCAUGCUGGUCGGUGCGAUGGAACCUUGUGCCUCUGAGGCGCCGUGCUCAUAGACAGGCGGUUGUCCCCGUACAAGCAGCUCUGCGCGUACGUGGGGCAGCCCUGAGAGCAGGACGGCAGGCUCGGCGAUUGCUGGAGCAGCGACAGCGCUGGUUAGAAGAGCGCCGACGUCACAAUGUCAUGCGGGAGCAACUCGUCAGUAGGAUGGAGUUGCAGGCGGAGGGACGAGGAAACGGAACUGGCGAUGGGGAAGAUGGUAUGAACCCUUUGAGUGCCACACCGAGAACGUCGACGAGUUGGCCGGCCAAGCUACUGAACGAGCUGAUCGAUGAACGGGCGAACUGUGUGCCUGACCCUGCGCUGGGUGUUGGCAACAGACUGGACGGAUGCGUCAAGGAUUUUCAGGGCUGCCCGUCACAGGGAGAGACGAAUGCGGAAUCUGACGGCGACAACAGUUUUGACGCGGCGAGUGCGGUUUUUGCCAUGGAACGAAAAGGGCGGUGCGUUGUGCAGCAUGCGGAGGCAAGGAUUCGCCGUCAGCUAUUCAUCUCGUUGGAAGAAAAAUUGCGAGAGCGUUAUCUUCUGCAGGAGUACCGUGACCGCCGCGUCGUCGUGCAGCAGCAGAUCAAAGAGCACCAAGAGGCAAUUGUGAGGGAACAACGCCGCAAUUGGAAGAAGAAAAAUAAAAAGAGACAGAUGAUGGCACAGCAGCGACAACACUCCGUAAGGAGGGCAGCCAAAGAACCACCGCAUCGCGCCGUUUUUUCCUUCUCUCCGCCCUCUGUUGCCGCUGGAAACAAGUGCGGUGACAUCCCUCCCCUGGCGGAGGCUAAAACCAAUGAUGAGAGUGACACGAGCGAUGUGGUCAUAGUGAUUGACAUGCAGGGCGACGACGGGGACGAGGAAGAGAAUGUGGAGCUUCCCCUACAAGCCUCCCAUGUCGUUGAAAAUUGUCUUCCACAGGAAGUAAAAAAGGCGACAAAGUCUCGAAAUUCACAUGUGUGCGCAUCGUUGCGGUCUCUGCAUUGCGGAGCUGCAGGGAUUUCCAAGGCGUCGUGCCUCACCCCGCGGACGGCGCUCUGGAGGCAGGAGCAUGAAGAUCGUACCUUCAUUGAGCUGAGUCAAAGUUAUCGCUGGCACCUGCUGCGGCAGAACUGCGCACUGGCAGAAAUUGUGCUGGCGGAGAUGUCGUACCGCCGUGUCAUCUUCCUCGCUGGCGCUUUAGAGCGACAGGAGCUUCUGGUCCGCUGGCGUACGAUCAUCCUUCCAUAUUGCCUCAUUACAGAGGCGCUGCAUGCUGACAUUCUUGCGGCGUUGGUAAUUUUGCAGGACGCCCCGCGGCGUCACGGAUCGGCUGCGACGCGGAUGGCGCCGGGAAUUCGUGUCCGCCGCGUGAACACAACACCCGCCGUGGGGAUUCGACCACAACAGCAACCGUGCCGUCGUACUGACGGGCUUAGUUCCUCUUGGCAGAAGAGGAAAAAGGAAGCGGUAUUAGAAGUAGAUGGCGAGAAUGACAUGAGCCGAAAGCGUUUUACCGAAAAAAAAGAAAAUGCAGAGGUGCAACGCGAAUUCCUCUGCAAGCCGAAGUUUCACCUGCUUGCAAGUCACUUUUCUAAUCCAUGUUUGUCAGGCAGGGUGGAUGUGGCGACGGAUCGCAGAGCACCAGCGCAUUUCAAGAAGGAGAAGGGGACUUCUGAGAGGAGACGAGUUGUCACGUGGGUUGACCCGCCACUUUCAUCGCCACCGCCAUCAGGAUCUUUGAAAUGA